AUGCUAGCUUUAUUUUGUCAACAGCCAAUUAAACCGUAUUAUAUAAAACGUUUUGUUGCAAACGAUAAAGACUUGUUUAUGGAUCAAUUCUUCAUUUUUAAACAGUUAUUGAUGUAUGUGAAUGAUGCAAUAGAAGCAACAUUUGUUGAUGGUUGCAAAAUCUAUUUAUCACCAUGUGGGACGGAGUAUGUAUUUCAAAAUGGAAAUCAGGCGAAUGGCUUAUUGAAUGAAAAACAUCGUACAAUUUACACAACGAGUUCUCUAAUUGAUCGUAUAAAACCAAUUAUUGAAUUUCGAAAUUUAUUUGCGGAAAUACCAUUUUUAGUAGCAGCAUUCGUUGAUAAAAGUCAAUGUUACCAUACAACAGCUGAUCCAACACAUGUACGUUGGUCAUACUCAAAUUUACCCAUUGAUAAUAGAACAAAUUACACAUGGACAUCUAUAUGUGGUCGUGCAGAAAUUUUACUUCCAAAAUGUAAACAAAUUGUUUAUGUUAAACAUCCUAUACAAGUUUCUCGCAUUCCCUAUAAAGAUGAUAAAGAUGAACCAACGUCAAAAUAUAUCAAUGUAUUUGCACCUGUACAACGUUUAUUCAAAGUUGAUCAAUGUCCAAUCUAUUUAAAAUCAUUUAUUACAUCAUUUCUAGAAUUUAUUGAACAAUUAGAAGAAGCUGAGGAACAUCAUAGUGUUAAACGUACAUUAUUUGAUAGUGAUAAUGAUGAUAAAUUAUGUUUUGAAUUACCAAAACCAUUGUCGACCAAUUGUCAACGAGCUAAUCAACAUCGUCUAUAUGAUAUGAUGUUUGAAUCGGACAUUAAAAUACUAAAAACAAAACAGAUGACAUACAGAAUGUGCUAUGAUGAACCUCAAAGUAUCGAAGCUAUUGCCAACGGUACAUCAGAUUACGUUGUUACAACUAAUAUACAAACCGUAUUCUACAAUUAUUAUUGUAUGAAAGCAAAUAUUUGUCAAUUAUUAACAAUAUCUGAAUGUUCAUUACCACCUCAAAAUGAACAGUUAGAACAUAUAAUCAGUUUUAUGUCAACUAUGCGUCAAAGAAUGCUAACAAUGUCCAAAUAUGUUAAAGAAACUCCCUGUUGGGAAGAACAAACGAUGAAUGAUAAAGAAAUGUGUAUCAGCAAUAAACCAAUCUAUAAACAAAUAGUUGUUCCAAAAGUCGGUCAUUUUCUUUAUUAUGAAGAUAAUAGUGUCCAAAUACAGUAUUGUUCGAAUCACAUUGUCGAUAUAGCAGCAGAUCAAGUACAAUUAUGUCAGUUGAAUCACUUUGAUUUUCGUUGUCGAUUAACCAUUAACAAUAAAACAAUUGAGAUUUACAAUGCAUCAAAUUCUGGAAUUUAUCUAAAAUACAUAUCUGGUGCAAUUGAAUGGUGUCUAUGGAUAUUAGAACAAAAACGUUUUGAUAGACAAAGGAAUUUAAUGUCUAGUAUUGAACAAGAAUUAUUUGUUUUAAAACAUUAUUCAACAAUGAAUGAACUAAGAGAUACAAAUUCUAGUCUCAAUUCUUCGUCAUUAUUACCACCAGUAUCCACCACCAUUAAUGAUCAGUACUCCACGCCUAUGUAUACACAAAAAUAUGUUAAUGAUAUACUACAACAGACAACAAGAUUUACUCAAGAAAUUGAGAUGAGUUUAUUAAAUAACAAAUCCUAA